UAUACGCACUCUCACUCCAAUCGUCGCGUCGUACCACACUGAUCGUUUUGCUUUGCUCACUCAUUCCGCUUAUAUCGAAUUACAUAACAAGACACGCGACACGCUACCGGUGUGUGUUUGUGAGAAAUUGCAAAGUUUAUAGAAAAGAAAAGUUUCAUUUUUUUUCGGAAAAUAAAAAAUUCGUUUUUUGUUUUUGAAUGUAAAUAAAAAAGUUGGCUAGGAAAAAAAUUCUAAUAAGGGUUGAAUUUAAAUUAAAUUAUAAGACGGAACUUUUGCGUAUCUACGGAUGACAAUGGGUACAUCUUCUUUGAUAGUGGACUAUUUGGUUUUUGUGGCCUUCAUUGCUGCCUCAUUUGUAAUACCCUUGUGGGGUAGAUUUCGUGCGAGGAAAAAAGAGACGAAAGCUGAUUAUGUUUUUGCUACGGGAACUGUUUCAAUGGGGGCAAUGAUGCUGUCAAUUGCGAGAGGAACCCUUGGAGUAAGAUCAUUUUUGGGUUAUCCUUCGGAACUUUAUUUUAAAGGCAGUGCCAUGUGGGAAACUUUAUUUGGAAUGCUUCUCGCAUAUCCCAUUGUAUGCUUUGUCUUUGUUCCCGUUUAUUACAGUUUGGGAAUCACGUCCGUUUAUCAGUAUUUAGACAUGAGAUUUAAUUCGAAACUGGUGCGAUGUCUUGCAAGCUUUUCCUACGUUAUUAGAAGUUUGUUGAAUCUUUCAGUUAUAGUAUUCACGCCAUGUGUCGCAUUGUAUACUUUGAUAGGCUUGCCAUAUUGGGCUAGUAUUAUUGGAAUAACUUCAAUUUCCGUUGCCUUCACUUUAAUGGGUGGUUUGAAAGCUGCCAUAACGUCUGAUGUCAUCCAAGGGUUGACAAUGAUGAUUGUGUCGAUAGUGAUUGUAAUUCACGGGACUAUUGAUGUUGGAGGUGUAGGAACUGUUUAUAAUAUAACCAAAGAACGAGGACGACUUAAUUUUUUCAAUUUUGAUAUGGAUCCAACAAUUCGAGUUACGACAGUCUCGGCAACGCUUGGACAGCUUUUCAUGAGCUUGUCAAUCUUUGGAUGUCAACAAAAUUUUGUGCAAAGAUACUGCAGUAUGGGUAGUCGUGGCAAGGUUGUCAAAACAAUGAUAUCGAACAUGCCAGUGAUAGCUGUCCUCUUUUCCCUCUCAUGGAUCGUGGGCAUGGUAAUAUUCUCCAAUUAUGCAAACUGUGAUCCCUUCACAAAAGGUUAUAUAUCAAAAAUCGACGAAAUCGUUCCAUUUUACGUUGAAGAUCGUUUCGUUUAUUUACCCGGUGUUGUUGGCCUCGUAAUGGCAACAUUAUUCAAUAGUGCAUUAACAUUAGCCGUCUCAAAUCUUCAAUCGCUCGCCACAGUGACGUACGAGGAUUUUCUCAGUCAAAUGCGUAUAUGCAGUAAUUUAAAGGACACCGAACAAUUAAGAUUAAUUAAAGUGAUUGGUGUUAUUUAUGGUGUAUUGAUAAUUGGCGCAAGUUUCCUCGUGGGAAUGUUGCCCGGUGUCAUUGAAUCAUCAAUGCUAAUGACCUCAGCGACUUCUGGUCCACUAUUGGGAGUUUUCGUAUUGGCAAUGCUUGUUCCCUGUGCAAAUUGGAAGGGCGCAUCUGCCGGAAUGAUUUUCAGUCAUAUUAGCACAUUAUGGUUAACAUUUGGUCGUUUAAUGUUAAAUCCACCUGUGGAAAAUUUACCAUUAUCAAUUGAUGAUUGUCGUAAUGAUACAUUUUCGGCGCACGCAAUGAAAACAAUGAGUACACCGUGGUUAAAGAGUGAAAUGAUUGAAAAUGAAAUUAUUGACGAGGUCACAAAGUCACCGCUUGACUACGUCUAUGGAAUAACUUAUAUGUAUUAUGCUCUCAUUGGAAGUCUGACCACUGUUCUUGUUGGCAUUAUCGUUAGUCUACUCACGACUGAUCCUAAAGGCGACGUCUACGAGGAACAUUUACUGCAUCCAGUUGCUUUAAAGCUCUCAAAAUUAUUCCCUGGCAGAGCCAGAAUCUAUUCAGGAAGUACACGACUCGGUGAUGAGGGGAACAGUGCCAAAGGCGAGACAUCAUCUGUGACUUCUAUCGGCAAUGGAAAUGGAAUAAUGCAUAAAACGGAAAUUAAAGAGAAAUGUAAAAAAUCGGAGGAUUUGUAUAUUGAAAAACUAGAUGCACUCAAGAGAGUCUCAUUACAAGUCACGAAUGAAAUUGCCAAAGGCACAAGACUUUAGGUGCUUUUUCUUUUUUUUGCUUCUUUUUUUUACUUAGCGAGAUGAAUUUUUACGAUUCCUAAUCAUUUAGGGAGAUUUGUUUUAUUUAUCGAGAGUGUGAUUUUUUUUAUUUAAAAAAAGAAAUUAUGAGAGUUUUAGAAAUUGAGAGAGUGAUUUAGCAAUUUUUUUUAAAGCAUUUUGUUGUGAUAUUAAAGUAGUUUGACGUCUUCAGAAAAUAUUCGACUGAUGGAAGAGUGUCAAAUUUCGUAGAUUUUAAGUUUGUGGAACGUUUUUAAGAAAUUUUUAUAGAACACAAUUCAUGAAAUUUAUUAAGUUAAGCAAUUAAUUAAGACAUUGAAUAAAAAAUUGAUUAUAAUUUCAAAGAUUA